AUGAACAGUAUAAUAUAUAUUUAUAUUGACUCUUAACCAUUAGAAAUUGUCAUCAACUUUAGUAGUCUAAGUAAUAUCUAAUAUAAUAACCCUCAUUAUUCCGUUGGAAAGGUGUUUUUAUAGAAAAAAAGAGAAAUUGAAGAGGCAUUAAUGAUUUAGACGAUUGAUCCAAGAGAGUGUUUUAUGAAAAACAAAAUAGGACACUAGGGAAUAAAAACGAAAAUGAAGUAUAAGUUGACGAUUCUCGUUAAUUCAUAGGUAAAGUUGAUAAUAGUUUGGGUGGCUACUUAAUUAUGGAGUUCUCUUAAAAUUUUGAUCAAGUAUUGGUUGGCAUCUCAUGCCUUCUCCAAAAUAGCAUAAAACCUAUUAAUUGAGUAAGGUUAAGGAGGUUGUUUGAAGCAAAGAAGAUAUUGAAUAAAAUUAAUUCUCACAUUUGGCGGGGAUUUUAUUAAUUAAGGAAGAAGAGGGAAAGAUUUUGUCUAUGAAUUGAAACUUUAAUUUCAGCCUUUAUAGACUUAGAAGAGGAAGACCUUGCCAU